CUUUCUUUCUCUCUCUUUAUAACCUCAUAAUUAUAACUCACUUUUUCAACAAAUCCCCAAAAUCUCUCUCAAAAUGGUUUUUCUCAAAGAAAAAGUCUUCUUUUUCUUUUAAUUGGAAGAUGGAUGCCACGGUGGCGGUUGCCGCAGCCGCAGCGGUGGUGACGUACUUCGUUUGGUUUUUGAAUGUCAAACAGUCGUUGAGUGGACCACUUGUUUGGCCACUACUGGGCAGUCUUCCAGAUCUGAUUAAGAAUAGUCAUCGUAUGCAUGAUUGGAUCGCAGAGAAUUUACGGUCGACGGGCGGUACGUACCAGACUUGUACGUUUGCCAUUCCAUUUUUGACAAAAAGGCAAGGUAUCGUGACGGUCACAUGCGACCCAAAAAAUUUAGAGCAUAUUUUGAAGACACGAUUCGAUAAUUACCCGAAAGGGCCCAAUUGGCAUGAUGUGUUUCAUGAUUUACUUGGUGAAGGAAUCUUCAAUUCUGAUGGUAAUACAUGGUUGUUCCAGCGUAAGACUGCUGCGUUGGAAUUCACUACUAGGACUCUUCGCCAAGCCAUGGCUCGUUGGGUUAAUCGAGCCAUCAAGUCUCGCUUUUGCCCGAUUCUUGAGUCAGCUCAACGUCGAGCCAAGCUAGUUGAUCUCCAGGACCUUCUGCUUCGACUCACAUUUGAUAAUAUUUGUGGAUUGACUUUUGGUAAAGAUCCACAAACUCUCGCUCCUAAAUUGCCUGAGAACAGCUUCGCUAUGGCCUUUGAUCAAGCUACCGAAGCCACAUUGUGUCGCUUUAUUUUGCCUAGCUUUAUAUGGAAGCUAAAGAAAUGGCUCCGACUCGGGAUGGAGGUGAUCUUAACACAAAGCCUCAAGCACACAAAUCAAUACCUAACCAAUAUCAUCGAAACACGUAAGUUCGAACUGUCCAAUCAGCACCAAGUCAACGACACCCAAACCCCUCACGACGACUUGCUAUCAAGAUUCAUGAAAAAGAAGGAAUCCUACUCAGACACGUUUCUCCAACACGUGGCACUCAACUUCAUCCUAGCUGGACGAGACACGUCAUCCGUUGCGCUGAGCUGGUUCUUUUGGCUAGUCAUAAAAAAUCCAAGAGUGGAGGAAAAAAUCCUCAAUGAAAUUUGCACCGUCCUGAUGGAGACACGUGGCACAGAUAUAUCCACGUGGACGAAAGAGCCAUUGGGAUUUGAAGAAGUGGAUCGAUUAAUUUACCUCAAAUCCGCCUUAUCGGAAACUCUCCGACUCUACCCAUCAGUUCCCCAAGAUUCAAAACACGUAAUAAACGAUGACGUUUUACCCACUGGAACUUUCGUCCCCGGCGGCUCCUCCGUCACAUAUUCAAUAUAUUCCAUUGGUCGAAUGAAAUUCAUUUGGGGAGAAGAUUGUUUAGAAUUCAAACCAGAGAGAUGGUUGGGCACAAAUCAAAACAAAAUUGAGCUUCAAAAUGCUUAUAAGUUCCUUGCCUUUAAUGCCGGCCCAAGAAUUUGUUUAGGAAAAGAUUUGGCUUACUUACAAAUGAAGUCGAUCGCGGCGGCGCUCUUGCUCCGCCACCGCCUGACGUUGGUCGCCGGCCACCGUGUUGAGCAAAAGAUGUCAUUGACGUUGUUCAUGAAGCAUGGCCUCAAAGUUCACUUGCAUCCCAGAGAUUUGGGCCGUGUGGUGGAGAAAAUUAGCAAGACCGCGGCGGAGACGGCGGCAGUGGCGUCGGAUCGAGGCUGCUAGGCGGCCAAAUGUAGCCUUGUAAUACUAUAGUUUGAAUUUUUGUUGUAUUUUAUAUAUAAUUGAUGAAGUUGCUCAAAAGCUUAAGUAAGAGAUUCAAGAAAAGAAUCUCACAAAAUGUUGUUUAUUUUUGAAAGACUAUAUUAACUUAAGGGAAAAUAUUGCAAUUUUAUAA